GGCAUGACCAAACAGCACAGACACAAUGUAAUUCCGUGCAGGUUAAGAAAUCUGAUACAGAUUAGUGGUUCUGGUCUGGAUGACACGCGCAAUGAAGCACUGUAGUUAAAUGCCCGUUGCCCGUGGAGACGCCGCGGGAAGCAGGAAGUAAUCUCUACACCCGUGGGGUCGCGAUGGAGUCAAUAUUUCAGAUGAGCACAGUGCAGACUUGUCCUGGAGCUGGACCAGGUGCUAGAGUGUGAAGCCUUGUGGAAUCUGCCCUUGACUCUCUGAUCGAGUUCCGCCGGGACCUGUCUCCAUGAGUGGCAGUCGCACCUCCCCAUUCCGGAACAAAGGAGAGUCUGAACCCCGACAGAUGGGGUUGCUGCUUGACAUGUCGCUGGAUGGAGGGGAAGACCCCGGGGGGAGCGAGGAGGACCUGGAGGCGGAGCUUCUUUCUCUGCUCAGAGAGGGAGGGGCGCCGGGUCAGAAAGCCAGCAGUGGGGCCCCUGUGCCUGUGGUGGAUAUCGAGCGCAUGGCUGCUCUGUGUAUGAAAGACGUGGACGAUGAGGAAGAGGGGGAUGUGGAGAGUGACGCUGACCUCUUGGCGGAGCUCAAGCAAGUGAUGGCGGAGGAUGAAACGGAGAGGGCGACGCCCGCACGACGCUCACACUCGGAGCGUUCCUCCACCCCGACGUCUGCGGUUGGCUCGGGCGAGCUGGAGUCACGCCUCAUUGAGCGGAUUGACAUGUACCAGGCAGCCGUCGGCAACGCCAAGGCCUCGGGGGAGAGCAGCAAAGCACGUCGAUACGAGCGAGGACUGAAGACUCUACACUCCAUGUUGUCGUCGGUGAAGAUGGGAAAACCUAUCGAUGAAGCUGAAAUUCCGCCCCCUGUUACCACAGGCGCCUCUGCCCAUCAGACAUCUGAGCCAAUCAAAGAAAGGGAGCAGCCACACCAAGACCAUACACCUGUAACCUGCACCAAUGAGAGGCCCCUACAGGAGACCCCGCCCACCACACCCAAACUGCGCCAUCUGCCGUCUAUACAGAAAACUUCAGCUGUCAGUCCAGAUGUGAAGGACCUGGUGCUGGCCAGACAGAUGGAAUACAAACUGGCUGCUGUCCAAGCCAAAAAGCAGGGAGACCUGGGCCUGGCCAAACAGCACUACCUUACAGCCAAGAAAUUAGACACAAUGGUGGAGGCAUUCGAUAAAGGAGACUUGGUGGACAUCAGCACCCUACCUCCCUCUCCUGGAGAUGCCAAGGUGGAGAGGCAGGGUCCUGCCCAGAUCCCUGCUGCCCCUCCUGUAGCGCCCCCUGUGGCCAGCUCUGCGCCCGGCAGCCUGGCCGAGGCCCUGCAGCAGCGAAUGGACAGGUACAAGAAGGCUGCAGACGAUGCGAAGAGCAAAGGGGACGACCGCAAGGCCCGGAUGCACCUGCGCAUCGUCAAGCAAUAUCAAGAUGCCAUAAAGUCCCACAAAGCUGGACGCGCAGUAAACCUGUCUGAGCUUCCUGUUCCACCUGGGUGCCCGCCUCUUCAGGGGUCAGAGAGCACGGAGCAGAACUUCUCUGGCUUGCUGGAGACUGCCAUGAAACUGGCCAAUCAGGAUGCAGAGGCUGGGGAAGGGGAGGGGCCAGAGGAGGAAGUGCCAAAACCCCCAGUGAAAGUAGGCUCCCAUCGUGCUAAAGCUCCAGCUCCUCCCGCUACCAGCCCCAAGCCCCCAGGGAGCCCCAAGGCCCCCAGGCAAGGCUCCGCACUGGGGCCCAAAGCGCAGCAGCAGCUGGACUUCCUGUCGGCCAGGAGGCAGCAGCUCGUGCGGGCGGCGCUGCGCUCCAAGCAGAUGAACGACAUGCAGGGCGCCGCGCUGCACCUGCGCCACGCCAAGGGCCUGGACCAGAUGAUCGCCGCCGCCAAGGGGGGCCUGCCCGUUGACAUCAGCAAGGUGCCGGCUGCUCCAGUUGCAGAGAAUGAGUACUCCCUUUCCCAGUCCCACAGCUCCCCUCUCUCCCCUCACACCUCUGAACAGUACAGCCAGCUCAUGGAACUCCUGCGGCAGCAGCACGAGAUGUGCCUCAGAUUCUCACAGCAGUUCACCCACAUGGGGAACGUCACAGAGACUGUCAGGUUCGAGAAGCUGGCGGAGGAGUGCAUGAACAACAUCGAGGUCCUGAAGCAGGCCCAUGGCAAGGGCUACCCCGUCCCCAAAUUCCACACAGAGGAGCGCACCUUCAGCACCGUCAAGAUUCUGCCUAACCUGACCAACAAUGACAUGGUGUUAAGCAUAGUGAAGGGAAUUAACCUGCCUGCCCCUUCAGGUGUUUCCCCAAAAGACAUGACCUUCAGUGUGCGCUUCGAGUUUCCAUUCCCGAGCUCAGAAGAAGCCCAGAAGGAUAAAACCAGCACUGUGAAGAGCACCAACUGCCCAGAGUUCAAGGAGCAGUUCAAGCUCAACAUCAGUCGGGGUCAUCGGGCCUUGAAGAGGGUCGUUCAGUCCAGGGGCAUCAAGUUUGAGGUCAUCCACAGGGGUGGGUUGUUCAAGACGGAUAAGGUGGUGGGCAGCACUCAGCUCAAGCUGGACUCCCUGGAGAGAGAGUGUGAGAUCAGACAGCUGAUAGAGGUGCUGGAUGGGCGGAAGGCCACAGGGGGGCAUCUAGAAGUGGUGGUGAAGAUUCGGGAGCCACUCGGGGGGCCUCAGGUCCACACCGUCACAGAGCGGUGGCUAGUCCUGGACCCUGUCACCAUGCCAGUGGUUGCUGUCCCCAAACAGAAGACACAGAGUGAGAAAGUUAAAAAUGUUACUGCCAGCCCCUCCUCCUCUCCCCCUCAGUACAAGCUCCACAGCCUCAGUCUGCUCUGCUACGAUAAAGAAGCACUGGAGAAGAAGAUCCUGGAUUACAGGCAGUGCCAGAGGGACCCGCCCCUGGACCUGCUGCAGCAGCACCGUGAGCUCGGCCAGCGGCUGCAGUGGCAGGCGGAUCAGCUGGACAGAGCCCCCCCCGCCGUGCUCUCAGACUAUGACCGUGCCCUCAGCCGGCUUAUGGAGGGCCUCAGUGAAUCUGUGAAAAGACUCUCCAUUCAGGGGGACAGGGAAGCUGCUAAGGACACCCUCGCAAGGCUGAAAUUGGUAGAGAACGAGCUGGAGUCGCUGAGGAGGAAGAGUGGUCUUCUGUGUUGAGUGGGGAAAGAUGGAGGAGAGAGAAGGGUACUGAGGCAUGAGCUGGGGUUUUGUACACGCUCACCGCACUCAGAUACACACCCCACAGCUUUUCAGACCACCCCAUCUUAACAAGCAAACUCCAUAUCUGUUCAUUCCUGAUUCUUGGUUUGGAGGGAUAGAGGGCUAGAGAUGAAACCUUUUGGACUUCUAGAUCCAGACAGUUCCCAGAUAUUAAGUGACGUGAUUAAUUGGUUGUGGCACAAACCAAAUGCGAAAAUACAGGAACCCUGUCAACCAAGUUAGCAGGAGCUGUGUGGUUAAGAAGCAGGGAGUGGCGGUGGGGGGUUAUGGGGGCGGGGAUGUUCACUAUUCUUUAUUUUCCUUGUAACUGUGGGGUAGGCUAGGGUCAGUCUUUAUUAUGGAGAUGCAGGUAUUAUGGAGAGGCAGCUGGCUGGAAUUUUUGAAUGCUUGGUGAGGUUCGUCUCUUUGGUCCCUAUUCAACACGGCAGAAACCCAGUGAAGCAGCCUCAUGGCCACAGCAGUAUUGUUAUUUAUUUAUUUUCAUAAUUAAUAUUAUUAUGAUAGUGAUGGUGAUGAUGAUGUAUUUAUUUAUUUGCGUGCUGGUCUCCUGAUUCAGCCAGGAUUGCAUGGCAGCAUUGAAUUUAUCUGCAGCUCAGCCUACAUAAGUGAAGUAUAAGUUCCAGUCUUCUAAGUGCAGCAAAUGUAAUAAUAUAAACUACCAUAAUAAUAUGGAAUAAUAUGUCAAAUAAGAUGCAGAGUAUAACUUACAGUUACAGGCUAGGUACUAGCCUGUAGCAUAGUGGUUAAGGAGCAAGGAGCAAGGAGCAAGACUCGUAACCAAAAGGUU